CCAUAUAUUAAACCGCCCCUCACUGGUGACACUAAAGGGCACAGAAAUCUUCUUAACCAGACCGUCUAGCGUCUCACAUUGAGUCAGUCGUGUGUAUCCACGCGGAGGAGCAAACGUCUUCACCAAAACUCUACCCGUACACCUACCUUCCGCUGCCACAUUCACUUAAAGAGGGAGGGACGCCGUCUUCAUCAGACGCCAGGAGAAGCAUGAAGCCUGCUGUGGGGAUUUUGGUCUUGCUGUGUGCCGUUGUGGGGGUGGCAAACUGCUCUGCAGACGACACCAGAGAGAAACGCAGCUCUUUCACUAAAAUCCUCGACGUGUUAAAAAGAAUUCUGUAUGAUGACGACAGCGAUGAUGAUGGUAACGACCAAACUGAAGAUAGUUUUGACGACGAAGGCGACAACGACGUCAAAGAAGAGGACAAAGAAAACUGGGAGAAAUACUUAGAAAAAUUAGGAAAAUGUGAGAACUGCACUAGUACAUCCCAUCGUUGGAUAGUUACCUGCGGCAAAAGGAGCACGGCCAAGAAAGGGAAGUACGAGGUGUGCGGUUACAUCCAGGGAUCUCGGAAAUUUUACUCUAUAAAACAGUUGGAAGGAGAGUGUUUCAACGGCGGAACAUAUGAGUUGUGUGCUGUUAACAGGUGCAUGAAAUUAAAGGGCUGCUACGGGAGGUUUGAGCUUCUUUACUGGAAGACCACCUGCAGGAACCAGUGUUAAUUGACUGACACGGAGGCAGUAACUGGCCGGGCAAGCCGAGCGUCGGAACGAAAAUAUACGAACAUCAUUUAUGACUUGAAAUCGGUGGCUUCAUAAUUCAAAGAAGAAGCCAAUUAAGCCAAUUAUUUACAGAUAUGCUGUUUCUUUUAAUGAAAUAUUAGACAAGAAAAUAACAAAGUAUAUGUUAUUGAAAGUAUACAGGUAUAACUAAUGGCGGUAUCCGCUGCUUGCCAGCAUAAUAAAUACAAUAAUAUAAAAACAAA